AUGGCGAGGCUCUUAUGUUCGUACGGCGCGCGUCCAAGGCAUUGCCAUAACAACCAAGGCCAGACGCCCCUAGCUCUGGCCAAAUACGUCCUGCGAAACGCCAAAAUGACCAAACUUCUGACUAGCUUUGCACUUUCUUCCCCCCAAUCGGCGUAUUCCAUGGGAGGAGAGAAUGAAAAUUGUCCAGAUGGAGUUGAAAACAUCCAAAACUCUCCUGACGACGCGAUCAUUCCCAUGGAGUUUCCGUUCCAUCGAGCUGUCCGAAAUUCCGCGGUGGAUGGAACUUGCACCAGACUGCAACGCACCUCCAUCUGUGUGGAGAUGAUGAAUUCCACUCCCACGGAGAGUGUUGAACAGAGUGGAAAGAAGGCACCAUCCUGUGAGAUGCCGAAUAGUGCAAGUUUUUCAGGCAGACCCUAUUUCCAUCGUCAAGUCAAGGCUGCCUGUUCACAGGUUCGUUUGGUCGCCGGUCAUUCUUGCGUUGCUCCCCUCUUCCUCCUCUACUUCUUCUUCUUCUUCCUCCUCCUCUUAAAUGCGAAUUCCAGUAAUUCUCUCAAUCCCGCUUGA